CCACAAAAAGGCCCAUCCUACUUCACCAAAACUAAAACCCUCUUCCCUUUCCCACCUUCUCAUUUCAACUGUAUUGCUUGCUUCAUCAUCUCUUCAUUUCCCUUGGGUUUUCUGAGUUUGGAUCAAACCAAAGAAAACCAGUAUGAGUUCAUUCGCUAUCAGAUCGGCAAAGCUCCUUAGACUUUCUGUUUCUACGACACGCAACUCUUCUCUAGUUGCAGCGGGUGUGCAACGUACCUCCAAGAUGUGGUAUUCAACAGGUUCGCUUGAUGACUUCGAAAAUGAGGAAGCGAAAAACGAAGAGAUAGAUGAGAUUCUUGGCGACAAGCCUAACAGGCGUGAGCCACUGCUCCAAGGUGUCAGACCCGGGAAGGGUUGGAAUUUCCGUGGUGUACACAAGGCAAUUAUUUGUGGAAAAGUUGGGCAAGCCCCCGUGCAGAAGAUAUUGCGAAAUGGGAGAACUGUAACUAUAUUUACAGUUGGAACAGGUGGUAUGCUUGACCUGAGAGUUGUACGGGACCAGAACACACCAAAACCUGUCCAAUGGCAUCGAAUUGCUGUGCAUAAUGAUAUACUUGGGGCAUAUGCAGUUCAACAAGUCACAAAAAACUCUCAAGUCUUUGUUGAGGGUGACAUUGAAACUAGAGUUUACAAUGACAGCAUAAAUGGUGAAGUUAAACAUGUACCAGAAAUAUGCAUCCGUCGCGAUGGAAGAAUUCGUGUUAUAAAGCCUGGUACAGGUGUUAACAAUGUAUCCUUUGAUGACCUGAGUGAGGGAUUGGUGUAGUUUGAUCUCUAAGGGCACAUUGUGGCAACUUUUUCACCGAAAAUGGGAGCAGCUGAUGCUUCUUUGUAUAAAAGGAAGAACCUUCUUAUGUUUCUGCUGAUUGAGCCAAGAUGGAAUUAAUGCUUAGUUCAUUUAGUUUCUAUGAACCACUUGGUCAUCAUCAUCUUGUUUUAAACCAAUUGACAAAAACUCGAUAUGGCAUUUUUGCCUUUCUUUGCUAUUCCUCCCCUCUUAGUUUCUCCCUUUCAUUUGAAGAACUGAGAAUGUGAAUUCAUGAUAAUAUUAAAGAGGUUGAUAUGAGGGACCAUUUACGUUAGCAAAA